GAUGUAAUGACAGUUGGAAUUCAGUUCGACUUCUGCUGUUAUAUCAUACAUCGGAAUCCUUCCCGUUCUCGUAAACGAUGCGAACGGCAAAUCCAUCUCUGGCCGCAACCGUGUUAGUGCUGGUGACUGCGUUACUCGUGCAAGAAGCAUCACCGCAGAGUGCCACCGUAUCCAUCAAUAACCAGGCACUCUUCGGCCUGGGCGCUGUCCUCCUGGCCAGUGGCGUCGCCUACCAUGUUGGCAGACAAAGUGCUCUCGGUUCCAAUAACCAGUACAGAGGAGGAAACAGGCACUUCAACAAUGGCUUCCCUUUCUUCGGUCGUAGGCGUCGCCGUCAAACGGAGGAAAAGCAAGGAGGGGUCGACGGGACAGCAGAGCCUUUGAACGAACUGGACCCCCUCGUAGCGCAACUCUUCCAGAUGGCUCUGGAGAGGGACACCACUGGAUGCAGCCUCCAGCUGACUUGUGCCAUCGGUGCCAAACCUUCCGUUGGCAUCACGGGUCAUGCGAAGCAUCUUCUCAGGGUCCUCAGUCUAGCAGAUACAAAAGAGGAGCGCGACGGCGACGACUGGAGAGGCCUGGACGCUUACAGAACGGCUCUGGACCUGGGGCGCGACGGCGGCAACUGCGACCAACUGUUUCCUAACUGCCCCAAUUCAUCUGAACAGCUGAUAGACUUGUUUCAGAAAAUGAGGAUCCUCCAAAACUAGUCACUAUACCCAAAACCACCUUGCUCUUCUGAUUCGUGAGUCUCAUUGUGACCCAGUGCCGUUCACACUAGACCUCUAAUACCUGCAGUGAGUUUCAGUAGCAGCUGGUUACAUGAACGUGCACGGGCGUUAACUCUAAAUUCAACCUCUUCUUUUAAGUAGUUCGGGAGCAGCAUGAUGGAGGGCCUCCCCUUGAAUCCUUCCACACGCAGGAAAAGUGACUUCCAAAGCCUAGAGUAGACGGUAGUUAUGUAGAAUUUGACCCCGAUAAUACAAGCUUCCUUGAGACCAAAACCUAAUUCAGUGGUUGGUCUGAUUUGUAAGUAGAACUAACACUUGUAGCUGUCCCGACACAUCCAAGGACUUCAAACUAAAAGGCUCAUCAUCAAAACACAUCUCGCGGUGAAAUCAAUCGUACCAUAACCGAAGUACGAUAUUGGCUACGUAAAGGUAAAUUCUCAUUUAUCAUUCUUCUGUCCGUUUUCCCCCAAGCUUUAUCAAUAUUUCAUUUCUUCUACAUUUGUCUCUAAACACCUUUGCUUCACUUCCAUUCGCCUCCAACAGAAAGUCUGAAUAUGAACAUUUUCUAUUGCCACAAUCGAUUAAAUAAACCAGACAGAUCUAAAUCUGUACAAAAUACCAGUCGAAUGAAAGGGUGAGCAGCAAAGCAAAAGACCCCCUUACUCUUAUCUCUUACUCUGAGCCACCACAUCAACCAUAAAGUGAUUAGAGCGAAAAUAUUGAUAGUUGAGGUUUCUGCCCAUUUGAUGCAAUUAAUCCACGUUCGUACAAAAACGUGUAAUAUCACAUUUUCCACGGGGAAUUUUCCAUUAAACUUCCAUGGUCUUUCACAACAUUUAGUAAAACUUAUAAGGAACUUCUAGUCUCGAUGAAAUACUUAUUCCUAUCAACAUCAUUGCCUUUAGCCACACUUGUAAUAAGAAACUAUUGUACAGGGCUAUACAAAUACUCGUGUUAGCACGUAUUCUGUUAGAUAUAUUGAAAAAUUUACUUCGGGCAAAAAUCCAUCAGGUCAACACGUCUCUCCUGAAAAUUGCUCAUAACAUGAAAACUUGUGACUAUCUUUAAACGAUUCAACAUUCUUUUUAAUUUUCUGAGAGGUUUCCCGAACCACUUAGAGGUAAUUGCCUUUACUUUCUCUGAGAAAAAAAGUUCUUCAUUUAAGAUAUCCAGUCACAUAAAGGGACAAUCUACAACAGCUCAGGAAACUAAUUUACUAUCUAGAGCUAGUCGUAUUUCCAAAAUAAGCCUCUGAAAGGCGUAUGUAUGUACUACAAGCAAAAGCAAAUAUCUAUGCAAAUUUAUAAGUAUGUAUGGGAUGUAGGUAUGUGGCGACCCCACCGCCCACCUCUGGGAGAUGUAGCUAGCCGAAGGAGGCUCUAUGACCGAGUUAUGCAGCGCUCGACUUAUGUGCUAGGUCCGUGGAUCGUUCCCGGCUAUCGCCCACCAAGCUGCAAAUGCUAACUAGCGUCUGCUGAGGUCAAGAAAAAGACAUUAGGCUACUAAUUAGAACAUAAGCACACAUAUACGUAUAUUCACACACUUAAGCAUUUUUCCAUGAGAGAUGGUGGCUCCCAUAAAACGAUAAAGAUCACUGCCAUAUUCAUAAUUUACCUGCUGUAUUCAUACACCUAGAGAGAAGGUUCAUCUAGAGUGAUGCACCAUUCACUUCUGUCCUGCGCACUCUCACCUUCUGGAUGCUGAGUCAUAUCCUUUACAAUACUUCAACGCCCUCUGUGCAGGCCUUUCCAGUCAUCCUCUCUACCUCCUUCCCAUUUUUUCUGAACUGCGCAUUCUUUCCACCAACCUAGCAUCCACCAUUCUUACCACAAAACCAAACCAUCUCAUAACCCUGACAAUUCUUCUCACCUUUGCUUGCCUUUUUAUCACCUGUGUAUCACAGAAUUGGUCACCCUUCAGUUCUUAUUUCACAUACCUAACACAAAUGAUUUCUCUCUGCAGCUUCCGCUUCAUUGUUCAUCUAUAUUCAACAACAACAAUUCACUUCCAUAAAAGAGAGUUGGCUCAACAAUUCUUUCAAAAAUUCCCACCUUGGCUUCCACAUAUAAUUAUUCCAAGCUUCCUCGCAAUCAUUUGCACAAACACUACUACCUUCUUCCCUACACCUAUUCUGUUACUCACCUUCCUCAUCCUACCAUCAAAUGAUAUAUUGACCCUCCCACACAUGUACAAAUCUAUCGCUUCCAUCUUCCAACCUAUUAUAUAUAUAUAAUUAUGAAUGUGGCAGAUACUGUUGUAUACUAUUAUAUUAUUUUCUCCUUUACCAAUGACCUGAUAGUAGAAACGAUUAGAAAUAUAAAAAAAAACACAAAAUGUGCACAAUACGUAUGUGUAAAUGGACGUUUACGUACAAGCAAACACACACGCACACACACACACACACAC